CCUCAACUCGAACGUGAGUGCGCCGCCUCAAUCUUUUGUUUCGUCCUUCCAUUUCGCAUUUUGUCAUCUAGCACAGCGGCAGCUGAGAAUUUGCCCUUCUCUCUCGCUCUGCCAAGCCAAGAUUGGCUGAAAACCCACAUCAUGGGGUCCGAGAGGAGGAAUACGUACCUCGACGCAGGUUUCUCGGACGAAUCAGACCAGGAUGCUGGCUACGACUCCGAAGCCGCCGAAGUGUCGAAGGCUGGCAGAGCAACUAAGAGGCGGAAGAUCGAACAUGAAAGCAGCGAUGAAGAGGAACAUGAUGCGCCCGACCUGAAGCGCAGUCGAGCAGCCACUAAUAUUUCGAGCGCACCGGCCGCUGUUCCUCAUUCAAAGUCGGGUAGCGGUGAGGAUGAACUUGAGAGUAAGAAGGAGGAGGACGAAGAUGCAGAAUAUAUUGAGAACCCAGGUCGAGACGCAGAAGCACACGAGUCGGUAGACGCUCAAGAACACCAACCCGCGCCCACGACGAACGAGCCCGCGCCCCCGAAGAAAUCCCCAAAAUCCAAACCCAAGGAGACGAGCCCGGGCGUGGUCUACCUCUCAUCCCUCCCUCCGUAUCUCAAACCCUCCGCGCUCCGCAACCUCUUGGAACAACGGGGCUUCUCGCCGAUCACGCGGCUCUUCCUCUCGCCGGCCUCCCGCCACGCGCACAACUCCAAGAAGAACUCGCGCCAGCUGUACACGGAAGGCUGGAUCGAGUUCUCGUCCAAAAAGGUCGCGCGGAGGUGCGCGGAGACGCUGAACGCCACGACCGUCGGCGGCAAGAAGGGCGGCUGGUACCGAGACGACGUGUGGAACAUGAAGUACCUGAAGGGCAUGAGGUGGGAGGAGCUGAUGGCCGGAGUGAGGGAGGAGAAGAGAGAGGAGGAGGGCAGGAGGGACGAGGAGAGGAGGAUCAUCGCCCGGGAGACGAGGCGGUUCAUCGAGGGCGUGGAGGAGGGGAGGAGGGUCGAGGGGAUCAAGAGGAAGAAGGCUAGCAGGAAAGGAGACGGCGAGGAGGCUGCAAAUCAUGGUCCAGGUGAGACUUCUGAUGUCCGGAGAACUUGGAGGCAGAGCGAAGUCAAGGGCAAGAGGAAAGAACAGGAUUCUGCUGUCCCCGAGAAGAUCAGUGAAGACGUGAAACAAGUGUUGAACAGGAUCUUCUAGUCGCUUGCGCUACGUCGCAGCGAUCAUCAAAUUUUGAGGAACCAGCCUGCAAAAUAUCUAAGUUUAUGGCAACAUCAUGUCCACGUCAUGAAGGUCAUGUCAUCGCCUUUUCGGCAAUCGAAAAGGAUGCGCCUCUGUGUUCAGGACGAACUCGUCAAGACUCACGACGCCGGGAUCUUCGAAUAUCAGCCAAAAGUACUUCAGUGUCUCCGCCAUCCAGAAGCUUUCCAUCUUGUCCGUCUUCCGCGGCUCGGAGUGCGUCACAUCCUCAAUACACGAAUACCCAAACUCUGUCCGCGUGUGCUUGGUGAUGGCCUCGAACAUUUCCCAUGCGCUUUCCCGCAGAGACUCAUCCCCGGUAAUCCGAUAGAGGACGAAGAUCGACUCGAUCGCCUCGGGCCGCAGUUCGUAGGCACGGCUGGAUAUGGCCGAGAUGCCCUUGGGUAAGCGGAGCCGCUGAGACUUCUUGCGAAGGCGUUCGGCUUCGGGUAGCAGUUUGUCCUGAGGAGUCUCGUCGUGGGAGUUGAGGAGGACCAUAUGUUUGAACCAGGCCUUGUCAUCCCAGUUGCAUUGACGGCCGUCAGCAGGGCACGAAAUGAGAUGGAACAUCUCGGGCAUGAUGGUGGUCGGAGUCUGCUUGUAUGCCCACAUGCAACCGCGGACUAGUUUCUCGGCCGUGUCUAGGUCUUCCGGAGAAUCGAAGAGCUUCGCGGCCAAAGCGAACAUGCCUCCAGCGAAGCAGGCGAGGUGUUGGGUCUGUGGUGUGAGUUCGUUAUGGCCCGGCCUGAAGGACUUUAGGGUCCCUGCCAUGAGAAUGUCUUCGUUGGUUGGAGUCAUGGGUCUGAAGAGGAUGAACUCCUUCAUCGGCUCUUUGGCAAUUUCAUAGAGCUUCUUGUACUGCUCGUGGGCGCCACCGAGUAGUUGAUAUUCCUUGGGGAAAUAUUCAUAGACAGAAUCAGCAGAUCCGCCGACAGAGAAGGUCACACCGUCCC